AUUUAAUAUCCGGUUGCUUGUUGAAUUGGUAGUUAUAUUGUUUCUUUUGUAAAAGAUGAGUAUUGCUUGUAUCACUUAAAUCUUUUUCUGGUGUAAAAAAAAACGGUAACCGUCUCGACUAGCACGUGUAUUGGCUCAAAGUCAAAACGGGCCAGCAGCUAUGGCGAGUUACUUUGGUGAAAUUCUUCAGUCAUCGUCGAGAGCUGUUGAUGAUGACGAUGAUGAUUUCGAAACAGAGGAAAUAGCAACGACAAGUGUGCGCUGGUCUCCAAUGGUAAAGGCAGAGCUUCUGAAGAUCCCAGAAAAAAAGUUGCCAUGUCAGAUACUCAUAGUGGCCAUAGGGCCUGCUGCAUCAGGGUUUGUGCAGUCCCACUUGCUGACAGAUGACUUCCAAGUGGUAGGAGCCCUGUUCAGUGGGCUCAGUGACUCAGAUGUGAAUACGUUUGAUCAGAUGUCACCAGCAGAUAAGAACUGCUACAUCUAUAGGUCUCGUCAGAUCCCAGAUGUCUUCAUGUGCCUGUGCAAAACAGACGUCUCAGCAGAACAGUCUUACUCAUGGACAGAACAAUUGUUUUCCUGCAUCAGUACAGCCUCUCCUCACUUCUACAUGAGCAUCCUCUGUUCGUACAUGACCAGCGAGUACCGUAGUGAGGUCCCGGUCUCUGACAUGAACCCGCCCUUCCUGCGGGCACUGAAGACGCCCCGGUUUGCGGGCACGCCCCUCUGUCCAUACCUGGAACAACCCAACCUGGUCUCCGGCCUUCCUGCUCAGUUGUUGACCUACUGUCAGAUGAAGGAUGUCAAGGCAGUGCUAUACGUCUGCUACACAGAUACCCUUUAUCUGGACACAUUCACUAUGGAGGUCUUUAAACCGCUAGUGCAAUCCACGCCCAUCAAGGACGUUUUUCAGGAAAAUAAAAAGGCUGGAGAAGUUAUGAAGCACAUUGUGGACAUAUAUUCCUUAAAAAAUUCCUUAUACCUUUAGCCGACAGGAAUGUGUAUGUGUACAUGUUGAACUCCAGCUGCUUCAUGGCACCCAGGGUACUGUGUUCAUUCAGGAUUUGGUGAUCUGGCAUCAACAGUCUGGUCUUGGGAGGACAUUGAUUAUUGCGUGUGUGUAAAUGUGUGCUUUUUAGCUCACCUGAGCACAACAUGCUCAUGGUGAGCUUGUGUAAUUGCCUUUUGUCCAUUGUCCGUCGUGCAUCGUCCGUCGUCAACAUUUUGCCUUGUGAACACUCUAGAGGCCACAUUUAUUGUCCGAUCUUCAUGAAACUUGGUCAGAACAUUUGUCCCAUUGAUACCUUGACUGAGUUCAAAACUGGGUCAAAAACUAGGUCACUAGGUCAUAAAAAGAAAAACCUUGUGAACACUGUAGAAGUCACAUUUGAUGCCAAAUCUUCAUGUAACUUUGUGGAAAUGUUUGUCUUAAUGAUAUGUUGGUUGAGUUUAAAAAUGGUUCCGGUCCAUUGAAAAACAUGGCCGCCAGGGGGUGGGGCAGUAUUUCUUAUAUUGCUAUAGAGAAACCUUGUGAACACUCUAGAAGUCAAAAAAAAAUUCCAAUCAUCAUGAAACUUAGUGGAAACAUUGGUUUCAUUGAUAUCUCAAACGAGUUUGAAAAUGGUCCAGAUCGGUGAAAAAACAUGGCCGCCAGGGGGGCGGGGCAGUUUUCUCUAUAUGUAUAUAGUGAAAACAUGUGAACACUCUAGAAGUCACAUUUUUGGUCCAAUCAUGAAAUUUGGUCAGAACAUGUGUUUUCUUGAUAUGACGGUUGAGUUCGAAAAUGGUUACGUUUGCUUGAAAAACAUGGCUGCCAAGGGGCGGGCAUUUUUCCUUAAAUGGUUAUAUAUGGCUGUAGUAAAAUCUUGUUAACACUCUAGAGGCCACAUUUAUUGUCUGAUCUUCAUGAAACUUAGUCAGAAGAUUCAUUCCAAUAAUAUCUUGAACGAGUUUGAAAAUGAUUCCGGUUGGUUGAAAAACAUGGCUGUCAGGGGGCGGGGCAUUUUUCCUUAUACGGCUAUAUUACUAGUAAAACCUUGUUAACACUCAAGAGUCCACAUUUAUUUUCUGAUCUUCAUGAAACUUGCUCAGAAGAUUUUUUCCAAUGAUAUCUUGAAUGAGUUAAAAAAUGGUAACCUUUGCUUAAAAAACAUGGUUGCCAAGGGGCGGGGCAUUUUUCCUUAUAUGGCUAUAUAUGGCUAUUGUAAAAUCUUGUUAUCACUCUAGAGGCCACAUUUAUUGUCCAAUCUUCAUGAAACUUGGUCAGUACAUUCAUCCAAAUAAUAUCUUGGAAGAGUUCGAAAAUGAUGCCGUUUGGUUGAAAAACAUGGCCACCAGGGGCGGGGCAUUUUUCCUUAUAUGGAUAUAGUAAAACCUUGUUAACACUCUAGAGGCCACAUUUAUUUUCGGAUCUUCAUCUUGGAUGAGUUUGAAAAUGGUAACCUUUGCUUGAAAAACAUGGCUGUCAAGGGGUGGGGCAUUUUUCCUUAUAUGGCUAUAUAUGGCUAUUGUAAAAUCUUUUUAACACUCUAGAGGCCACAUUUAUUGUCCAAUCUUCAUGAAACUUGGUCAGAAGAUUCAUCUCAAUAAUAUCUUACAAGAGUUAAAAAAUGAUGCCUUUUGGUUGAAAAACAUGGCCACCAGGGGGCGGGGCAUUUUUCCUUAUAUGGCUUUAGUAAAACCGUGUUAACACUCUAGAGUCCACAUUUAUUGUCCAAUGUUUAUGAAAUUUGGUCAGAAGAUUGGUCUCAGUGAUAUCUUGGAUGUGUUAGAAAAUAAUUAUGUUUGCUUGAAAAACAUGGCUUCCAAGGCGCGGCCUUCAUGAAACUUGGUCAGAAGAUUUGUCCCAAUAAUAUCUUGUUAUCUCAGGUGAGUGACCUCGGGUCUUUCAGGCCCUCUUGUUCUCAAGAAGUUACAGUUUUGAACUCUGUUAUAUUUAAGGCUGAUUUUGCAUUGUUUUGUUAGCGCAGGGCUUUACAACAUUUGUAUUAUGGACAAAACAGUGUAAACUUUAGAAAAGUCAUUAAAUUCUUUUAAUUUGCUGAAGAAGCUUGUCAAAUCACAUGUAAUUAUUUUCCAGUAAUGGAACAAUAAAUUUAUGUAUUUAAAAGAAAUCAAUGGGGUUAAAGUGGAAUAGUGCAUAAAAUUUAUUCUUGUAAGUCAACUUAUGAUUUUUGUUCUGACAGUGUUUUCCUUUUUAUGUGUGGGGACAUUUGUUUCUCACAUCAUAUUAGUAUUUACAUAAGAGAUACACAAUUAUUUCAGAGUAUGGAUAAAAAUGCCUCUGUGUUGCCCUAAUGCGUGCAACAAUCACUGUUCUUUUAUAAUGAUUUACAUGUAUGGCUAAAAUGAUUACCAUGUAUAUUUAAUAAUACAAAUGUAUUUGUUUUGUUAUAAAAUUGAUUUAAAAUAUUUUUUUGUAAAACAUUUACUAUACAUUGAAACCAAUCAUGUUAUUUAAACAUAGAAAUUUAUCAAAUUGUAAAUAUCCUGUAAUUAUAAUUUAAUAUUAAGAAUCUGUUAAGGAGCAUGUUUUUACCAGACAAUUCUUUGUCCAGUAACAGCGUAGGGUUACUGGCCAAUUUUUGCCUUCAAGUCGGGACAUUUUCAUUUUUGAAGUGUGUAAAUAUAAGCUUAGUUUGACAUUAUGGGAUACUUUGUAACAAAAAAAACUCAACCUUGAUAAUGGAAUGUAAUUCAAUUUUUCAAUAAAAUAAUAUCAAAUAUUUUCUAAAGAUGAUAUUCAAUAUUUAAUAGUGUUAAUAACUUCUGGUCACGCUGAAUUCAGAAUGGUACUUCCUUAUUCUGAAAUAGUAUAAGGAUAUAUUGAGUGGUUCGUUCUAUUUUAUAGAUUUCACAGUAAAAUAUGAAUUACAACUCAAUUAGCCAUUAUGGCGAACACGAGUUUCCAGACUGGAAGAGACAUGUGGAUGAAAAUAAAACCACAUUUUCAUUCCCAUGCACAGGACUUAAUGUGUAAAGAAUCCUUAGCUCACAAACCAAUAUAUUCUCAUAAUGCUUUAUCUUUGUAUAUUUGUACUAAAGUGUGUCGCCCCCAAUUCUGAAAAUGGUGCCAUUGUUGUAAAGUUUGAAUAGACACUAGCAUUAACCAAACUUUAUGUAUUCGUUUUAAAAAUGUAUUUUUUUCAACAUGUUAACAAUUAAAUAAACUUAUCAAUUCAA